UUCUCACACUGGGUUUUUCAGUGAGAAGUGAGAAAAUUACACUCACACAGGACACACCUCCUCCUUUCAUCAGCUUGGAAAUGGGGAACUAUGUUGUAACUACCAUACUCAUUCUUCUCUUCAAUUUCAGCACUCUAAUCAACCUUGUCAUCUCUUGUCCGUACUGUCCAUACCCAACUCCAAAGCCUCCAAAGCACCACGACCAUCCAAAACUCCCACCCAAACAUCCUCCAAGAGUGAAGCCCCCAAUUCACAAACCACCAAAGCACAAUAACCCUACUCCUACCACUCCAUGUCCACCACCAAAGUCACCAAAACCAAGACCUCCCUAUGUCCCCAAGCCUCCAGUAAUAGUGCACCCACCCUACGUCCCAAAACCACCAUAUGUACCUAAGCCACCGGUUGUUAGACCACCAUAUGUACCAAAGCCACCGGUUGUAACUCCACCAUAUGUACCAAAGCCACCAGUUGUAACUCCACCAUAUGUACCAAAGCCACCGGUUGUAACUCCACCAUAUGUACCAAAGCCACCGAUUGUGACACCACCAUAUGUACCAAAGCCACCGGUGGUUACACCACCAUAUGUGCCGAAACCGCCGGUUGUGACACCGCCAUAUGUACCAAAGCCACCAGUGGUUACACCACCUUAUGUUCCUACACCAUCACCACCAUAUGUACCAAAACCAUCUCCACCAGUUGUGACACCACCAUACACACCAAGGCCGCCCAUUAUUGUUCAUCCUCCGUACGUCCCGUUGCCACCAGUUGUACCCACACCGCCCAUCAUCUCACCUCCUCCAUAUGUACCGACGCCACCGGUGGUUACACCACCAACGCCACCAAGUGAAACACCGUGUCCGCCACCGCCACCGCCGGCGCAACCAACAUGCCCCAUAGACUCGUUGAAGCUUGGUGCCUGUGUGGACGUUCUUGGCGGACUGAUACACAUCGGAAUCGGAGGAAGUGCUAAACAAACAUGCUGUCCGGUGCUUGAAGGGCUUCUGGACCUUGAUGCUGCUGUGUGUCUCUGCACUACAAUCAGGGCGAAGCUUCUCAACAUCAACAUCAUCAUCCCCAUCGCUCUUCAGCUCCUCAUUGAUUGUGGAAAGACUCCGCCAGAUGGAUUCAAGUGCUCACCAAAUUAAUCAAUUAUUAUAUUCAAAGGAAUGGCGUCACUUUGGCAUUGAAUAAGGUAUUAACAACAAGAAUGAGAGGUUUAUUGCUCAUAACAAGAUGCUGUGAAGAAACUUUACGAAGUGUUUUUUUUUAAUCGUUCUUCUUGAAGUCGUGUGUUAACCUAAGUAGUGCUUGCGAUGGGCUGGCAUGCAAAAAGCUUUUCGUUGAGUUUUGUCUGCUUGUUUGUAUGAUUGCGUAUGUGGUUCACGGUUACGUACUCAGACCCGUGACUGCGUUGGGAAUUGUUAAAGUUAGUUCAAUUUUAGACUUUUCUUCUAAUUUAUCAGACUGGGAAUUGGAAUUUCAUUCA